ACACACGGCCAGAAGUUCCUGUUGAAACUGUCUUCUAUUGGGCACACAAACAUAACAUCAGUCAUGGUGAGGGAGAUUGUCACCAAGCCUCUUGAGUUUGUUUUGAUGAUAACGAUGCACAUGGUCGUCACUGGCCCCGGCCAAGCAGAGGUCACAGGGAUCCUUGGCCAAAACGUCACGCUCCAGUUCAGGUUUAAUCAAACCAUCAUCACCAAGAGGAGCCAUUUUGCAGUUUACACGACAGGCCCCAAGAAGAUGGCUGAGUGGUUUCCCCAGAAAGGUUGCUCGACAUGUUUUGGUCUUUACUUGGACAAUUCUUCUGCACGUUACCAAAUUACAAACCUCACACACGGUCACACCGGGACCUACUGGGCCACCCUGUUCACGAAAAGCGGACUGGCCAGACCGAGUUCUUCAGUACACCUGCUUGUUUUGGAGGAAGACAGCCAUGACACCAUUUCUCACGUAGAAGAAAACAGAGGAACAACCAAACACACGCCUAGAACAAGUCAUCUUCCCUUUUCUGAUCCAGUCAUUGCCAUCCCUGUGGUUUCACUUGUCGUCUUGUUGGCAGCGGUGCUCCCCUGUUUAUUCUGGUGUUGUGUCCGAACCCGAGGAACCAAAGUUGGAGCAUUCUUUCGCGCAGACGUCAACGCGGACGGAAACUCACAACCCUCAACACAGGCGCCGCCCGCCGCGCCGGAACCCACGUUUGUGUACAGUGUCCUGGACUUUCCAAAAAGACUGCCGACACCAUUGAAGGACAAGCCCACAGAAUAUUGUCGUGUUGUCGUGUAUCCCCCCUCCCUUCCAACUAAAAAGGAAUUGUGUAAUUACAAUUAAAUGUAAAAGCACAAUGUUGGUGAAGUAAAGCUUCAAGUUUUUGGGAAUUUCUUGCAAAUAAGUUAGAGGUGCUCACAGUAAGAUUUUACAAAGCAAAACAUUUAACAAUAAUCUUAUGUUACUAUUAGUGGUUUACCAGAACACGUUUGUUUGACAAUUGUCUAAAUACUUUUCAGAAUGACUAAGUUUAUGUAAUAACUUUUUUUAUCGGCCCGAAUAAAAUGAAGUUGUAUAAUCGCUCGCCGUACAGCAAUAGAUGAUAUCUGUCUAUUACCUGACCACUUCUAUGUUAGCUCCCUCUCUUUGUUUAUAAUGUAUAUUUUCUGUUGGAUCUACUCUCUAUUUUAUGCUGCCGUUUUUGUUUUUGUUUUUUUUUUUUGCUGCAGCUGUUACAUAUACUGUAAUAUUGUACAUGGU